AUGAAUGUAAAGGCCUCUUCUCUGUCUUCGUCCUCCUGCCACUCACGUGGACAGUUUCAUCUAAAUAGCAUGCAAAAAAGUGGAGAUCUGAUCCUAGGAGGACUGUUUGAAGUUCACUUCUUUUCAAUCUUCCCUGACCUGUCAUUUACCUCAGAGCCACAACAGCCUACUUGCCAUGGUUUUGAUGUUCUAGGAUUUAGGCAGGCAAAAACCAUGGCCUUUGCAAUUGAUGAAAUCAACAGAAACUCCAACCUAUUGCCUAAUGUGACUCUGGGAUUCACUCUUUAUGAUAACUGCGUUGAACUUGGAAUUGGAUUCCGUGCAGCACUGUCAUUAGCCAGUGGUCAAGAGGAUCAAAUAAUAUUACAUAAUACAUGUGUUGGAAAUCCUCCAGUCAUAGGGAUUGUGGGUGAUUCAUCCUCUACACGCUCAAUUGCCAUCUCCACUGUCUUAGGUUUGUACAGCAUACCUAUGGUGAGUUAUUUUGCCACAUGUUCCUGCCUGAGUGACCGUAAAAAGUAUCCAUCCUUCUUUAGGACGAUCCCAAGUGAUGCUUUCCAGGUCCAUGCUUUGAUUCAGAUUUUAAAACAUUUUGGCUGGACUUGGGCAGGUCUGCUUGUCAGUGAUGAUGACUAUGGACUCCAUGCAGCAAGAUCCUUCCAGUCUGAGUUAAGUCAGUCUGGUGAAGGUUGCCUGGCUUACACUGAAAUUUUGUCCUUGCACAAAGAAACAGAUGAACUCAGGAGGAUUGUAAAUGUGAUGAAAAAAUCCACAGCUCGAGUUGUCAUUGUAUUUGCACAUGAGAGUCACAUGAUAAACCUUAUGGAAGAGGUCGUGAGGCAAAAUGUAACAGGCCUACAGUGGAUGGCCAGUGAAGCCUGGACAACUGCUGUUGUGCUCCAAACACCUCACCUCAUGCCAUACCUGGGUGGUACACUGGGCAUCGCUAUUCGUCGAGGAGAAAUAACAGGGCUCAGGGAAUUCCUGUUACAAAUACGUCCUGACUUGCAUCACAACAAUAGCUAUGGAAAUAGCAUGGUGAGGGUGAAUCAAUUUUGGGAAUUCACAUUUAAGUGCAGAUUUGAACCAGCUCCAGCAGGCUGGGUGGAAGGGGGUGGUAUAUUAUGCACUGGACAGGAAGAUUUGGAAAAUGUGAACAAUGAGUUCUUGGACGUUUCCGACCUCCGGCCUGAGUAUAAUGUGUACAAAGCUGUUUAUGCUCUGGCAUAUUCCCUUGAUGAGAUGCUGCAAUGCAAGCCUGGAAGAGGACCUUUCAGUGGGAACAGCUGUGCCACAUUACAAACACUGGAGCCAUGGCAGCUUGUUUAUUACUUGGAAAGGGUAAACUUCACCACUGCAUUUGGUGAUCAAGUGUCAUUUGAUGAGAAUGGUGAUGUGGUGCCAAUUUAUGAUGUGAUGAACUGGUUGUGGCUCCCUGAUGGAAGCACUAAAGUUCAGAAUGUUGGUGAAGUUAAGAGGUCAGCUUUCAAAGGUGAAGAACUCAUACUUGAUGAAGAUAAAAUCUUCUGGAACUUUGAAUCCAAAAAGCCAGGUCGAUCAGUAUGUAGUGAGAGCUGUCCUCCUGGUACCCACAUGGUGAGACGGAAGGGAGAACCCAAAUGCUGUUUCGACUGCAUCCCUUGCUCUGAGGGAAAAAUAAACAAUAAGAGCAAUUCCUUGGAGUGUACCAGUUGUCCAGAGGAUUUUUGGUCAAACCAUCAGCGUGACCACUGUGUUCCCAAGAAGACAGAGUUUCUCUCCUACGAUGAGCCUCUGGGAUUUUGUUUAACAGCAACCGCUUUGCUGGGAACAAUUAUAUGUGCUGUUGUUAUAGGGAUCUUUUUCUACCAUCGCAGAACACCUAUAGUACUUGCCAACAAUUCGGAACUCAGUUUCCAGCUAUUGCUGUCACUUAAGUUAUGUUUCCUGUGUUCACUGCUGUUCAUUGGACGACCCAGGCUUUGGACAUGCCAACUCAGGCAUGCAGCAUUUGGGAUCAGCUUUGUGCUGUGUGUCUCAUGCAUCCUGGUAAAAACCAUGGUUGUUCUGGCUGUUUUCAAAGCCUCCAAGCCAGGAGGGGGAGCCAGUCUGAAGUGGUUUGGUGCUAUGCAGCAAAGAGGAACAAUUCUGUUUCUUACAUCUAUUCAAGUAGUCAUCUGCACUGCCUGGCUUGUUUCUGCUUCUCCUACUCCAAAUAAAAGCACCCAAUACCACAAUGAUAAGAUCAUUUAUGAGUGUUCAGUUGGGUCUAGUGUUGGUUUUGGAGUGUUAUUGGGUUAUAUUGGCAUGCUGGCUUUCCUCAGUUUUUUAAUUGCUUUCCUGGCAAGGAAUCUCCCUGAUAGUUUUAAUGAGGCCAAGCUCAUCACAUUCAGCAUGCUGAUAUUCUGUGCUGUGUGGGUGGCCUUCGUUCCUGCUUAUAUCAGCUCACCUGGAAACCAUGCAGAUGCAGUGGAGGUAUUUGCCAUCUUGGCCUCAAGCUUUGGCCUGUUGGUCGCACUGUUUGGGCCCAAAUGUUACAUCAUCCUGUUGAGACCAGAGAUGAACACAAAAAAAGUUAUAAUGGGCCGUGGCACUCGAUCAUAA